GAGGCGCGGGGUCGGCGCAGGCGCGGGACGGGGCCGGGCCGGGCCGGGCGGGCGAUGGCGGGGCCGGGGCUGGUGGCGGGCGACGUGGUGGUGGACGCGCUGCCCUACUUCGACCAGGGCUACGAAGCGCCGGGCGUCCGCGAGGCGGCUGCGGCGCUGGUGGAGGAGGAGACGCGGCGGUACCGGCCGACCAAGAACUACCUCAGCUACCUGCCGGCGCAGGACUACAGCGCCUUCGAGACCGAGAUCAUGAGGAACGAGUUCGAGCGCCUGGCGGCCCGGCAGCCCCUGGAGCUGCUCAGCAUGAAGAGGUACGAGCUGCCGGCCCCGUCCUCCGGCCAGAAGAACGACAUCACGGCGUGGCAGGAGUGCGUUAACAACUCCAUGGCGCAGCUGGAGCACCAGGCCGUCCGCAUCGAGAACCUGGAGUUAAUGUCUCAGCACGGCUGCAACGCUUGGAAGGUGUACAACGAGCAUCUGGUUCAUAUGAUAGAACAAGCCCAGAAAGAGCUUCAGAAGUUGAGGAAAAACAUUCAAGAUCUGAACUGGCAACGAAAGAAUAUGCAGCUAACAGCUGGGGCUAAGCUACGAGAAAUGGAAUCUACGUGGGUGUCUCUUGUCAGUAAAAACUAUGAGAUUGAACGAACGAUUGUGCAGCUGGAAAAUGAAAUUUCACAAAUCAAACAGCAGCAGGGGGAAGCAAACAAGGAGAACAUCCAGCAGCAGGACUUCUGACAGCUCGCUCCGCUCCAGGAGCCGCUUCCUCUUUCUGUAUUUCCCCUUCGGCCUCCAAUAAACGUUGUUCUCCCUCUGC